AUGAGCAGCAAAACGUAUGUCUGUAACUGUUUCUCAAAGGGUUGCGGAAGGCGAAUCGGUGGUGUGCAUUGGAAAAGCAAAAACACGCCUACGCAGCAUCGUGCAAGGGACCUUCUGAUCAACCAGACAUGGGGUUUCCGAGAAGAUCACACUUUCUUUGAUGAAAGAUUUGAGCCUGAAGGCAGUGUAGAGCUGCCGGACAACAAUGCCGCGCGAGUUGAAGCCGUCGGAGAGGCCGCAGAUGCUGACGAAGAUGUUGCUGAAGAACAGCUGGCUGAACCGUCUGAUCAAGUGCUCAAUGAAUUAGGGCUUGAGCAGCAGCAACAAACCUGCAGUCCAGCUCUGCUCGCACGGUUGGCGGAGCUUGUUGAGUACGGUAACGAGCAUGAGUUCAGCAACAAUGACCUGGACUGGCUUCUGAAAUGGAGUUUGGCGCCCGAGAAGUCGGUGGCCGUUGCGAUCGAUUCUGAGUGGAGAGAGCGAGUGCGGCAGUCUCCUGUGCCGGAUUCAUUUGCGAAGCUGAUCAGCACUGUCCAGGGUGCCGGAGAGAAAAUCGGCGGCCCGGAGAGCUGGAGGUUCUUAGUCGAAGAGGACAACACAUGGCACGUCUUCCCACCGCUCGCAGAUGCUGCUGCUCCGUGCCCUCUCUGUCCUCCGGAUCAGCGCCCGCGGCGCAAGCGGGAAGACUGCGAGGAGCAUCAGCCCCGUUGCGACUCCUGCAACGUUGCGCGCAAGGACUGCAAGGAGUUCGUCUGGCUCGGUCAUGCACCUCACCUAAGGGCGAGCAUGGUCACGGAAGUGGGGUGCCGAAGCUUGCUCGGUGCUUGGUCCCAGAAAGAGCGUUGGCGGGGGAAGGGCCGGGAGGAGGCGCCGGAAGUGCAGCAUGAGGUGUGGGACGGGGAGGUCUUCCGGGAGCACUCUGCAUUUUUGGAUCCGGAAAGAGAGUUCACGCUCCCCUUGGCCUGCGAGCGGUGCAACGAGGAAAGGGAGUUUUACUGCAGCCGGCACUUGAAACUCCCCAGCUUUGUCUUGGUUGAAGAGAGCAAAUGGAAUGAGGCGGAGCAAGUGUAUGAAGUUGUCUGCGAACGGUGCGGGGGGGACAUGCGCGCUUCUAGGGAGGAGCUCUACAUCAAGGGGGAUCCCCGAAACGUGCCGGUAAUGCCCCACUUUGACGGCUUCCAGGCGUCAAGCACCACAGGCCGCCUUGCUGCGAUCCUGGACUUUCAACCGCUAACUGUCUGCAAGGAGGAGAGAUUGCACCUGCGGGAGCAUUGGGUGUGUCCUUUAGCCUUCCCCCCUGUUGAAGACCUUGGCUCAGGCGUCGAUUUCCUCGACCCCGUCAUGUGGAUUUUAACCCUUGAAUACAUCCGGCUUUUCAUUAAGGGGCUCCGGGUUGAGUACGCGCUGCCAUCCAAGGAGGUGGACCCCCGUUUGCCCCACAGCCCGGCCGGGGGCACCGUGCUGAUUAGAGUGAUGCUGCUGGCAUUGGUCGCAGACUUCCCCGGGCUUGCAGAGCUUCUGAAGUUUGCUCAAGGGGGCUACAAUGCAUCACGGCGCUGCAAAAAGAGGGGGGUCUACGAGGAGGCGCUGCGGAGGGUGGUGUACGCAGAGGCAAGGUCCAACGCGCGGUUCCCUUGCCAACCAAGAACCAUUGAAGAGAUCUUGGAAGCGGCCACUCGGCACCGCUUUGCCGACUCUCAAGCGGAGCGAGACCGGCUGACCACGGAGCUGGGGUGGUCCGGGUUCUCCUUUCUCCUCCUUCUAGUCAAAGUGUCCCGUUUUAACCCCCCCAGAAUGACCCUCAGCGACCACAUGCACCGGGGGGCCCUGAACCUCGUCAAGAACUGGAUCAACGACACGUUGAUGCUGGCCGGGGGGGAGUACGCAAACAGGGGGAAGGACAUCGACGAGAGGGAUCCCCUUCUCGGGCCAGUGGUGGAGCUAGAAGACUUCGGGGAGCGGCUGUCGCGGAUCUGGCCGACGCGCGAGCUUAAGAGCGGUCGGUUUCCUGUGGAGCCCGGGUUGAAGAAGCUCGGCUACUGGAAGGCGGAGGAAUUUGAAAAGUUUGCGAGGGUGUGCGGGGAGGUUGUGUACGCAGGUUGCAUCGACGCAGAGGGCUUUGUGAUUACGAGCCUGGUGUGCAAGAUUGAGCAACUCGUACAUUUGGCGCACAGGCUGGGGUGGAGUCAGGAGAGAAAGCUGCUUUUCGAGGCUCUUUGUUUGGCGGUGUUUGUAAGGAUGGAGGAGUACUUGGGGACAAAGCAGAGGCCGUUGGCGCACGACCUCGGUCGGCACUCUGUGGAGGACAUCAAGACGCACGGCAGCCUGACCGCCUUCUGGGUGUGGGCGCAGGAACGGUACGUGAGGCGGUUGGUCCGCACUCCGACCAACGGCAGGCAAAUGGCCAAGACGUACGCCAAGCGAGAGCACAGGGGGCUAACGAGCCGCUGCCUCAACCGGCGGCACCGGGAAGCGGAGCUGAAAGAGAAGGGGCUGAACGGGGCAGAUGCAGUCUGGGCGCUCGCGCGGAAGGAGUUUGAAGGUCUUGUGUUCGUGUUGGGCCAAGAGAGCGCCUUAGAAAUUACCCAGAAAAUUCCCUGCGACCCCCCUUCCGUUGCAAAGCUAGAAGAUCCGGCCAUUCUGCACAGUGUAGAAACGGAGGGGGUAGCAAUCGGAAGUCUUCCUAAAAACUGGCGGAUCUCCUCGUACGAACUCCUCGGCCCUGUCAAGCUGCCAAUCGUGGACGCGAUCGUGCGGCAGUGUGGCGGCUCCAGCCUGGCGCAAGGGCGGAAAGGCCCUGCUCGAGUUUUGAUAAAGAGUUUAACAAGGGGCCGGGCGAACUAUUCUGCUUCCGACUUUGUCAUUGUGGCUGGCGGGGGGGGCGCAGAAUCCGAGCGGUUCGGCAAAAUUGAGGCCGUUUACGUAGUCAGGGAUGAGGACGGCCAGCACUGGCCGCUAAUGGACUGCACAUUCUUUGAGAUCCCCCUCGACGAGAACGGUCGACGGAUCGGGGCCCCGUGGCACAACAAGGUGCAGCUCGGGUCCCUUCAGCAGCUGCGGCCGGAUGGAGUCUGCACCGCCCGGGACGUCCUGCGCCACUUUAUCCCGUACCCGGAAGAAGGCCACACGCCGGCUUCGUCUCCCUCGAACAUCGUGAUUGAGAUCGCACCGCCUUCGCUGGGCUUUUCGGCGAGCGAUGUGAAGGUGCCCCUGCAUAUCGAGGUUGGGGACGUGGUGCGCGUCGCGUCGGACAGUGCGUCUUUCGACCCUGCCGAUGCGCCGCAGGAUGACAACACCUGGGAGUCCGAAGUUCCAGUUCCCUCCCAGUGCAUCCUCAAGACGGUGGGCCCGGGGCAGGUCGUGGACUACGCGUGGGUUGUGGAUGUCGACACAGAAGACAAGCGGGCGGACCUGGUGUACCUCAGGAAAGUGAGCGGCGGAGUCGACGAGCCCCAGUGCUGGAAGCUGUGGCGUGACUACGCCAACUUCGAGAUGGGGUGGGACGACAUCUUGGACAGAGUGGGCGGCGUCCGGGAGGAAGGACGGGGGGCAAACCGCCGGUUCUACUUCCAAGCGAUGCCACCCAUACUUCGUAUCUAG